CUCCGAGCGCGCGUGCCAGCUCACCUGAAACACACGGAGAGGUUAGAAAACAGAGCACGAGACAGUGUGAAAUGAUGUGGUAUUAGAAUGUUACGGCUGGUUCCUCAGCAACAGAACCUCAAUCAGAAAUACAGAGACAGUGCGUAAAAAAACUUCAUAUCCUGUGAGAAGCAGAACAGAACCCUGAGCGUGCUGGAGAACCCUGAGCGUGCUGGAGAACCCUGGUCACAUGCAGAAACACAGAGCUGAACUUCUCUCCUCUCGCUCGCGCUGGGUUUAUCCAAUCAGGACUGCUGAUACACGGAUAUGCAAAUGAGAAGAAGAUUAGUCCGGGGUUUAGGAAUGUAGAGAGUGAAACUCCAGAUGAUGAAGGGCCAGGAUUCAGUGGUAACCCGGAAAACCUCUAACUACACAACCCCAGGAUGCCCGUUACUUGGAGCUGACCGCCACACAGGCCAGAGGGGGUGAAGGAGACCGGACGAAGUGUUGCUGAUGGGUGGUCAGGUGGUCACAAAUUCUCUCGGUCAGCAGCUGAAUGUGUGGAUGAAAAUUUGAGAUUGUGCUUGAUGUUGGAAUGAUGAAGAAGAUCAGCUCAAUGUUCUCCUCUCUCCAGGACAAACUGCACAGAGACAAAGGUGAAAAGAAGGCCCCUGCUGCAGAUGCUCCACCCCCUUUUGCGUGCACACUUGGGCGGCCGCCGUUUUUCGAGUACCUGGUGGUGGUGAGUGUGAGGAAGAGGAGCAGUAGGGAUGAAGGCUACGAGCCACAGAUCAUAUAUCAGUUCCCCAAAGCCACCAGCCAAUCACAGCGCGAGGAGGAGGAGCUCUGCCUCAAGGCCAUCAAACUCUUCUGCUUCCCUGAGGGGGUCAACUGGGCCCCGCUAACCGAGUACCGCAGUGAGACGUUCUCAUUCGUCCUGACUGAGGUGGAUGGUAGCAGGAGGAACGGUUAUUGCAGGAGACUGUUGCCGGUAGGUAAAGGAGCACGCCCCCCAGAGGCCUACUGCAUCAUCAGCACCCUCGCCUGCUUCAGUCUCUUCUCGAAGAUCUUUGAUGAGGUGGAGAAGAGGCGUCAGAUCUCCAUGGCGAUGAUUUAUCCAUUCAUGCAGAGUCUCAGAGAAACAGCGUUUCCUGCUCCAGGACAAACUGUCACAAUCAAGAGCUUCAUCCCUGAGUCUGGGACAGAGCUCAUCAGUCUGACUCGGCCGGUGGACUCAUGGCUGGAACACGUGGAAUUCUGCUCGUUGUUUCGGUGUUUAUCAGAUGAAGAGAUUCUGCAGGUCUUUGCUGCCACUGUGCUGGAACGACGAAUCAUCUUCAUCGCUGAGGAGCUCAGCACUCUCUCUCAGGUGUUACAUGCCAUUGCUGCUCUGCUCUUCCCCUUCACCUGGCAGCACACCUUCAUCUCCAUUGUUCCUAAAGUUCUCCUGGAUGUGUAUUUGGCUCCAACACCCUACCUCCUUGGCAUCCAGAGGAACCUGCUGAACCGUCUCAUUGAGCACACUGAUCUGCUUAUCGUUGACCUGACCAGACAAUCAGAGAGCAAGUUCAUCACCAGAAUCGGAGACGAGGACACGCUGAUCCCCAGCAGGCUGCAGGAGGAGCUGCUACAGGAUCUCUGCAAACGCAAACACAACGCUACUACAGAGGAGAUGAACAGCGUGGUGUCUGAAGCCUUCAUCAGCUUUUUCGUUAAAACUGUUGGACAUUUUGUGGAUCAUUUGAAGCGGCAUGGAGGAAACAAGCAGUCCAGAACAUUCCAGAAAAAGAGCUUCCUCAAAGCAGUGGAGCCCAAAGAGAACCGGAACUUCGUCAGACAAUUCGUUCAGACGCAGAUGUUCGACUUGUUCAUCCAGGAGGAGGAGAAACACCACAACCACGAAGGAUUUUUUCAUAAGAAAAUUGUGGAGUUUCGGCAGAGAAGGAAGGAGCAACUGAGGAAUGGGGGAGUGAAGGGGCUUGUUAUAUGAAACAGAGUGAGAGUGUGUAUGAGAGUGUGUGUGAGAGAGAGAGACACGGACAGAGUGUGUGCAUGUAUGAGAGAGACAGACUGUGUGUGUGUGUGUGAGAGAGAGAGAGAGAGAGAGAGAGAGAGAGAGAGAGACAGUGUGUGUGUGUGAGAGAGAGAGAGAGAGACAGACAGACUGUGUGUGUGUGUGAGAGAGACACGGACAGAGUGUGUGCAUGUAUGAGAGAGACAGACUGUGUGUGUGUGUGUGAGAGAGAGAGAGAGAGAGAGAGACAGUGUGUGUGUGUGUGAGAGAGAGAGAGAGAGAGAGAGAGAGAGAGACAGUGUGUGUGUGUGUGAGAGAGAGAGAGACAGACAGACUCUGUGUGAGAGAGAGAGAGACAGACAGACUGUGUGUGUGUGUGAGAGAGACAGACAGUGUGUGUGUGUGUGAGAGAGACAGACUGUGUGUGUGAGAGAGACAGACUGUGUGUGUGUGUGAG